CUGCCCCUAUAAAAUACUCCACCACUACUCGGUACGUACCUGGAAAUUGUAAAGUUGGCGUGCCAAUAGCGCAUUUGUUCAUAGUUGGAGUACCAUCAAUCAUCAGCUUUCACAUCCUCACUCACUCUCUCUCUCUCUUGUUCACCAGAUCCCGAUCCAGAAGAAGCUAAGGGUAAAGUUUCUUGUCUAAGAAAGAGUCUGAGAAAUGGGGCGUGGUGUCAGCAGUGGCGGUGGACAGAGUUCUCUUGGCUACUUAUUUGGGAGUGGAGAGGCUCCAAAGACAGCUUCAAACAACCCACAACCUGCUCCUAGUGAGGGGCAAGCUGUUAAUAAUGGGCCUCCCUCCAAGACUGCUGCACCUUCUCAACCAGUAGAUGUAGCCAAGCAGAUUCCUGCGGGUAUAAAUAGCAAUGCUGCAGAUGGUCAGAACAGUGGAAAUUUUAUUACCGAUCGGCCCUCGACUAAGGUCCAUGCUGCCCCUGGAGGUGGGUCUUCUCUAGGUUACCUAUUCGGUGGUGGUGGCAACUGACAAUUGCGGUUCUACCGCAAUGGAAGUAUUGCCAAUCGAUUUUAUGAACUUGCAUUUUGGAAGGUUUAUUUUUUUUGGCUUUCAUGAAUUGGGAACUUGCUUUUUCAUGUAUUGUAAUAUCGAGGUGGGAUGGUGGUGGUUGUGGUUGAGAAUACUCAAUUCUCGAUUCAAGAACAUGUGUUGUGAAGCUUACUGUAUCAAUUGUAUCGAGUAACUUGGGGGUUGUUGACUAUUAAGUAUCAUCUUGCAAUA